GAGAGAGAGAAAGAGAGAGAGAGAGAGAGAGAGAGAGAGAGAGAGAGAGAGAGCUUAAAUUUUGCUAAAAAUUAAGAAUGGAAAAAGAGAAUGAGAAAUAAAAGAAUAAGAAUUACUGGGUUUCCAUUUUCUUGUUAAGAAAAAUAUCAAAAGAAGAUCUUCUUUAGCUAUUGUGUUUAUGCAGUUGUAGUAGUAGUACCCCCACUCAUUCUCUCUCUCUCUCUCUUAUAUUUUCUGUUCAAUCUGCUAAUUCCUCCAAUAUCCCAUUUCUAUAUAAGACCUUCUAAACUCUUUACUUCUCUCAGACAAUCCAUUUUUCACCAACAAAAAGCUCCAUUUUUGUGCAACCCUCCCCUUUCUCCCCAAACAAACAGAAAGAAAGACUGAGAAAAGGAAUAAAUAUAUACAAAAAUAUACAUACAAAUAAAGAAAAGAGAGAUCAUCUUGCAUUUGGGUUAUUAUCUAUCUCUCUUUCUCUCUCUCUCUCUCUCUCUCUCUCUCUCUCUCUCUCUUUCUCUUUUGCGUGUGUGUGUGUGUGUGUUUGUUUGAAGAGAAAAAUUUUUAUUCCAAAAAAAAAAAAUGGGAAGAGGAAGAGUAGAGCUGAAGAGGAUAGAGAAUAAGAUAAACAGGCAGGUAACAUUCUCAAAGAGAAGGAAUGGUUUGCUAAAGAAAGCAUAUGAACUUUCUGUUCUAUGUGAUGCUGAGGUUGCCCUUAUCAUCUUCUCUAGUAGAGGCAAGCUUUAUGAGUUUGGUAAUGCUGGUAUACCAAAAACCCUUGAGCGUUAUCAACGUUGUUCCUUCACUCCUCAAGACAACAGCAUUGAACGUGAAACACAGGUUUUUGUGUUUGCCAACCAAGAUUUUGUUAGCUGGUACCAGGAGGUUACAAAAUUAAAGGCAAAAUAUGAAGCCCUUCAACGCACACAGAGGCACUUGCUUGGUGAAGAUCUUGGACCACUUAGUGUAAAGGAGUUGCAGAAUCUUGAAAAGCAGCUUGAAGGAGCUCUUGCACAAGCUAGGCAAAGGAGGACACAGAUUAUGAUCGAACAAAUGGAAGAUCUACGGAAGAAGGAGCGUCAGCUUGGAGACCUUAACAAGCAGCUUAAGUUUAAGCUUGAGACAGAAGGACAAAGCCUGAAAGCCAUUCAAAGCUUAUGGAACUCAAAUGCAGCAGCAGUUGGAAACAGCAACUUUGUUGCACAUUCUUCUCAAACCAACUCCACCAUGGCCAUGGACUGCCCAACUGAACCCGUCUUACAAAUAGGGUACCAUCCCUUUGUUCAUCAAGGUGGUGAGGGAUCUUCCAUUACAAAGAGUAUGCCUGGUGAGACCAACUUCAUGCAAGGAUGGGUUCUUUAAAAUUCAUCACCAUCAUAUAUCUCUCACUAUAUAUAUAUAUAUAUAUGGUAGAAUUUAAUAACUUUUUAUAUGUAUAUGAUACAAUAUGAUUGUUCAUAUAUGGUUUUUGUAUUUGCAUUGAUUUGUAUCACAAAUGCUAUAUACCAACUUAUACUUAUUUGCAAGUAUGACUCUUUAUUAAUUAUGUGAUUGUUUAUAA